AUGGGAAGACAUUACCUGUUGAUAACACAGACUAUUUUCAUGAACAUGGGCGGUGUGAGAGAAUUGCUGCUCUUUGUGGUGACUGUGGGGGUUGUGAAAGUUUCUUGUUACCCUGUUGGAAAGUCCCAGAAGCAAGAGCAAGUCUCUCUGCAGAGGAGACUUGGAGAGCUGUCAUCAAAUGACGUCUCCAUUGUGCAUGCCCUGGCCUUGUUCCGAUCCAUAGGGUCUGACGCUAAACAAGACAGAGAAGAGUAUUUCAAGACUAAUGAAGUAGAAUCCCAAGCUUCUCCAAACCAUGGUAGCUCUCUGGCAAAUGAUAACCUGUCCUCUGACGACGCUACCUCUGAAGCUGCCACUGGCCCGUCUGACGACGCUACCUCUGAAGCUGCCACUGGCCCGUCUGACGACGCUACCUCUGAAGCUGCCACUGGCCCGUCUGACGACGCUACCUCUGAAGCUGCCACUGGCCCGUCUGACGACGCUACCUCUGAAGCUGCCACUGGCCCGUCUGACGACGCUACCUCUGAAGCUGCCACUGGCCCGUCUGACGACGCUACCUCUGAAGCUGCCACUGGCCCGUCUGACGACGCUACCUCUGAAGCUGCCACUGGCCCGUCUGACGACGCUACCUCUGAAGCUGCCACUGGCCCGUCUGACGACGCUACCUCUGAAGCUGCCACUGGCCCGUCUGACGACGCUACCUCUGAAGCUGCCACUGGCCCGUCUGACGACGCUACCUCUGAAGCUGCCACUGGCCCGUCUGACGACGCUACCUCUGAAGCUGCCACUGGCCCGUCUGACGACGCUACCUCUGAAGCUGCCACUGGCCCGUCUGACGACGCUACCUCUGAAGCUGCCACUGGCCCGUCUGACGACGCUACCUCUGAAGCUGCCACUGGCCCGUCUGACGACGCUACCUCUGAAGCUGCCACUGGCCCGUCUGACGACGCUACCUCUGAAGCUGCCACUGGCCCGUCUGACGACGCUACCUCUGAAGCUGCCACUGGCCCGUCUGACGACGCUACCUCUGAAGCUGCCACUGGCCCGUCUGACGACGCUACCUCUGAAGCUGCCACUGGCCCGUCUGACGACGCUACCUCUGAAGCUGCCACUGGCCCGUCUGACGACGCUACCUCUGAAGCUGCCACUGGCCCGUCUGACGACGCUACCUCUGAAGCUGCCACUGGCCCGUCUGACGACGCUACCUCUGAAGCUGCCACUGGCCCGUCUGACGACGCUACCUCUGAAGCUGCCACUGGCCCGUCUGACGACGCUACCUCUGAAGCUGCCACUGGCCCGUCGGACGACGCUACCUCUGAAGCUGCCACUGGCCCGUCGGACGACGCUACCUCUGAAGCUGCCACUGGCCCGUCGUCGGACGACGCUACCUCUGAAGCUGCCACUGGCCCGUCGGACGACGCUACCUCUGAAGCUGCCACUGGCCCGUCGGACGACGCUACCUCUGAAGCUGCCACUGGCCCGUCGGACGACGCUACCUCUGAAGCUGCCACUGGCCCGUCGGACGACGCUACCUCUGAAGCUGCCACUGGCCCGUCGGACGACGCUACCUCUGAAGCUGCCACUGGCCCGUCGGACGACGCUACCUCUGAAGCUGCCACUGGCCCGUCGGACGACGCUACCUCUGAAGCUGCCACUGGCCCGUCGGACGACGCUACCUCUGAAGCUGCCACUGGCCCGUCGGACGACGCUACCUCUGAAGCUGCCACUGGCCCGUCGGACGACGCUACCUCUGAAGCUGCCACUGGCCCGUCGGACGACGCUACCUCUGAAGCUGCCACUGGCCCGUCGGACGACGCUACCUCUGAAGCUGCCACUGGCCCGUCGGACGACGCUACCUCUGAAGCUGCCACUGGCCCGUCGGACGACGCUACCUCUGAAGCUGCCACUGGCCCGUCGGACGACGCUACCUCUGAAGCUGCCACUGGCCCGUCGGACGACGCUACCUCUGAAGCUGCCACUGGCCCGUCGGACGACGCUACCUCUGAAGCUGCCACUGGCCCGUCGGACGACGCUACCUCUGAAGCUGCCACUGGCCCGUCGGACGACGCUACCUCUGAAGCUGCCACUGGCCCGUCGGACGACGCUACCUCUGAAGCUGCCACUGGCCCGUCGGACGACGCUACCUCUGAAGCUGCCACUGGCCCGUCGGACGACGCUACCUCUGAAGCUGCCACCGGCCCGUCUGACCAUGCCAUUGAGGAACUGUUGACUUCUGCAUCUCAGCCCCCGUUGACCACAAACAUGGAUAUCUGAUGUGGGACAUGGUGCUCGGGGUCCAUGCAAGAGUUCAUGGGUUUUUUGUCCAGGUUGUGUGUGUAACUGCAAUUUCUUGUUUUGGCUCAAUUAAACGCUAACUGUAAUAA